UAUUAACUAAAGAUACCAUGUGGAGUCGAGGUUAUCCUGUGGAAAUCGAGAAGAAUUCAACUGAAGCAAUAAUGUAUGUGAAUCCGCUGUCACGGCUUAAACCUCGGCCGGCGACUUCAUGGAAAAUGAACUAUGAAACGGAUACAGUGUUGUGUGCGCGUUGUAAUAGAAAGUUCAAAAUGACGCUUGACUUUGUCCAAGAAGAGUGCUUCCAUCACUGGGGUCGAGUGUCGGGGAAGAAAUUUGAAUGUUGUAAUAAACAUGUGGGGGCAAUUGGCUGCACUGUAUCACGUUGUCACGUAUGGAGUGGCACUCGACCCGGGAUUAACGGGCCUCUCAAGGGAUAUGUGCGUGCACGUCAUCGCCGUGGUGGAAUCUAUGCAGUGGAUGCAGAGAUGUGUUACACGGCGGCCGGCUUCGAAUUGGCCUCGAUAGCUUUUAUUGCAGUCGACGGCCGCAUUGUUUACCAACAGUAUGUGAAGCCUACCUCGCCUGUCGUGGAUUAUAACACACGUUUCUCCGGCAUUCGACCUCGCGACCUACAGACAGCUAAGAAGACACUUAGAGACGUACAGAAUGACAUACUUGGAUUUGUCGGCACAGACACGAUUUUGAUUGGUCACGCGUUAGAGAACGAUCUCAGGGCGCUAAAGUUACUUCACAACGCUGUGGUGGACACGAGCGAUUUGUAUCCGCACGCAAAAGGAUUUCCUUUGCGUCGGUCUCUGCGUUCUUUAUCAGAGGAAAUACUCGGACGUCCAGUUAAGGAUCGAAGAAGUGGAGGCCACUCGCCCGUGGAGGACGCUCGUACCGCUUUAGAAUUAGUGCUUCUGAUGGUGUACCGAAACCGAGAAACUGCCACUCAAUUAGGAUCGCACGCUUCCACUCUGCUCAGACAGCGGGCGUUUGUGCCGCUUAUUUUGUAUCCUAGUUUUAAUAGAUAG